AAUGGCCUCUGCUUCUGCAACGCUGCUCAAGUCAUCCCCAGCUCUUGACAAGUCCGAGUGGGUGAAGGGUCAGUCUCUCCGCCACGCGUUGGCCACCACCGUGCGCUGCCACCCUGCCGCCGCGUCCGCCCUCACUGUCAAAGCUAGUUACGCCGAUGAGCUUAUCAAGACUGCGAAAACCGUGGCAUCGCCAGGGCGUGGAAUUUUGGCCAUGGAUGAAUCAAAUGCCACUUGUGGGAAGCGUCUUGCCUCGAUUGGGCUAGAGAACACCGAAGCAAACCGCCAAGCCUACAGAACUCUGCUGGUGACUGCUCCGGGGCUCGGCCAGUACGUUUCCGGUGCCAUCCUCUUCGAGGAGACUCUCUACCAGUCCACAGUUGACGGACGCAAGAUGGUCGAUGUGCUCGUUGAGCAGAACAUCGUCCCUGGUAUCAAAGUCGACAAGGGUUUGGUGCCUUUGGCCGGUUCGAACAAUGAGUCCUGGUGCCAAGGUCUCGAUGGCCUUGCUUCCCGCUCGGCUGCUUACUACCAGCAAGGUGCUCGUUUCGCCAAAUGGCGUACCGUUGUGAGCAUCCCAAAUGGCCCGUCUGCCCUGGCUGUGAAGGAAGCCGCCUGGGGUCUCGCCCGCUACGCUGCCAUCUCUCAGGACAACGGGUUGGUACCGAUUGUGGAACCAGAGAUCUUGCUUGACGGUGAGCACAGAAUCGACAGGACAUUUGAAGUUGCUCAGAAGGUUUGGGCUGAGGUUUUCUUCUACCUGGCUGAGAACAAUGUCAUGUUCGAGGGUAUCCUGCUCAAGCCCAGCAUGGUCACUCCCGGUGCCGAGUGCAAGGACAAGGCAACUCCUCAACAAGUCGCUGAAUACACCCUCAAGCUUCUCCACCGCAGGAUCCCCCCGGCAGUCCCUGGAAUCAUGUUCUUGUCUGGUGGGCAAUCUGAAGUAGAAGCGACCCUGAACUUGAAUGCCAUGAACCAAUCGCCAAACCCGUGGCACGUAUCUUUCUCAUAUGCCCGAGCCCUCCAGAACACCUGCUUGAAGACAUGGGGAGGAAGACCGGAGAACAUGAAGGCGGCCCAGGACACCUUGCUUGUCCGUGCCAAGGCCAACUCUCUUGCUCAGCUUGGCAAGUACACUGGUGAGGGCGAGUCUGACGAGGCCAAGAAAGGAAUGUUCGUCAAGGGCUACGUGUAUUAAGCGGUUCGCUAUAGGUGGAAGAGGAUGAUCAAACUUGGGAGACUUGAGAAUUAAUCUCUCCCAAGCGUGUUAUGAUUAUAGCCACGGAGACUAUUUUUGCACAUCGAAUGUACUGUUCAGCCACUCUAUAAACUUCUUGUGAUGCUGAGAUUAUCCAGUUUGGUGA